AUGCCUGUGGUCAAGGGCCGCAUUGGCGCGAGAAAAGUUACGGUACUUCGGGACACCGGCUGCAAUACAGUAGUCGUAAGAAAGAACUUGGUGCCCGUUGGGUGCUACACUGGGAACUGUAGCCCCGUAUAUUUACUGGACCGAACAGUGAAAUACUUACCUGAGGCGGAAAUUGUGAUCAACACACCCUUUCUGGCAGGAAAAAUCGUGGCGAAGUUCAUUGACAAUCCCCUAUACGACUUAGUGCUCGGCGAUCUUCCGCAAGUGAUAGAUCUCAACGAUUCGAACCCACAUUGGGGAUGCGAUCAACAGCGAAGCGACGAGAUGAAGACACCUAAUGUCCAGAAUGUUGGUCACCAGCUGGACAAGAAAGACGAGGUACCAGAGAGAAAGGACCACAAGGAAGCUUCUCCGGACGACUUGGAAAACACGUAUUUGGGAUUGAUAAUUCCGCCUUCAAGUACUGCGGGACUGGGAGAGUCAACGAAGAAUAAGCGUGGGAACAAAGCGGAACCUCCACUGAAUGUGCCACAGGUUCCGAUUCUCGAGACGACAUUCGAGAAGCUUUCGACAGAGCAGAGGAACGAUGCGUUCUUGAGGAAAUGUUUUGACAAGGUCGAAAAGGUGGUAAAGAAACACAAGUGUCAUACGAAGUAUGAAAUGGUGAUCAAGAACAACCUGCCCUUUCGGAGCUGUAUAUUUUCCACCGGGAGGAGUAUAGAGCAGCUGGCUCUCCCAGCAAGAUUCCGAACAAGUGUAAUAGCAUUGGCACACGAUGGUGUCAUUUCAGGCCACCAAGGCGCGAAGAACACGCUCGCGCUAACGGCUGAAGAGUUCUCUUGGCAGGGCAUGCAGAGGGACAUCAUGAGGUAUGUGCAUUCCUGCGAUGUAUGCCAGCGCACGGUGCCAAAAGGCAGAGUAGGCAAAGCGCCUCUUGGGACAAUGCCUGUCAUUGAGGCACCUAUCAAGAGAGUGUCGAUCGACAUCAUCGGUCCGAUCAACCCAUCUGCGAAUUCGGGCAACCGAUAUAUUCUGACCAUGGUGGAGGUUGCCACAAGGUAUCCGGAUGCUGUCCCAUUGAGAACCAUCGGCACGGAGAAAGUGGCAGGACCCUUUGUAGAAAUGUUCUCUAGGUAUGGAAUCCCAAAUAAAGUCCUUAGCGAUAGAGGUUCCUCCUUCACGUCAAACCUCAUGAAAGGGGUAAGCCGGCUGCUGUCCAUGAAGCAUCUCAUGACUACACCCUAUUAUCCGAUGGGGAACGGAUUGAUGGAAAGAUUCAAUGGGUCCAUCAAACAGAUGAUUAGACGAAUGUGUCAAGAAAGUCCCAAGGACUGGGACAGAGUUCAGGGACCUUCGGCCAUCCUUAAGGAGAUCUGGACCAACGAGGCGCUCGAAGACGACGUGAGGACGUCCUACGGUCACGUACUGGAGCUAAGAGAGAGACUACAAAGAACAUGCGAGUUGGCUCACCGCUUCUUGGAAAAGGCCAAGAUCAAAUACAAGGAGCACUAUCGCAAAAAUAGCGUCAAGCGACAGUUGAAAUAA